CCGUCGCCCUGGUCGAAUGUUUUUGUUUGUUGUGCGUGUUUUUUAUUUCGUUUUUCGCGUUUAAAAGUGUUUAAAAGUGAAAUUCCGAGUGCAAUGGAGCUGCCGAAAGAGUUGUCCAUUGCGGAGAUUCGCAAUUACAUGUUGGCCAACGACUGCAAGGUGACGAAUCACGCGCUGGUAAAGCACUUUAAAAAAUUCCUCACCCACCCGCAGUCGCAAAAUGAGGCCCGCAAGCGUUUCAAGACCUACGUCACCCUGCUCUCCACGAUAAAGAACGAGAAUAACCAAAAGUUUUUGAUACUGCGCAAGAAAUAUGUGAACGAAUGCCCCACGGAGGAAGUGGUGGAGCGCGCGGUGGCCGCCGCUUCGGAGCCCUCGAGUCCCGGCGGCGCCUCCCUGAACUUUGACUCCCCCAUGAGGCAGCCUCCGCCCUACAAGCCCCCACCCAUGGUCACAUCCCCGCCAGCAGCAGUGGUCUCCAUUGCCAAGGAGCACCAGGAGAACUACCAGGAGUGCGUGGAUGAAUUCACAGCUGCCAUAAAGCGCAUAGAACCGGCCCGUCUGGAGAAGCAACCCGAGAUUAAGCCAGAGGAGGAGGAUCAGCCGGAGAAACCAUCAUCCCGAUCCAACUCCAUCGAUGUGACCGACAACAAGGAGAACAUACCCCGGUUCUCCUUCUCCUCGGAGGCCUCCACGGACUCCAGUUCCAACGAGAAGCUGGAGAAGAGCGAUCCCACAAAAAGCGAGGCGAGCGAUGUGGCCGAGAAUCCCAUCAGCGUGAAGGAGGCUACGCGCAAGUUUAACCGGAUGGCAUCCGAAGAGGAGGCCAAAAUCAUAUCGCCACCGGCCAAGAAGAAGCCAGAGAAGCAAUUAAUCGAGGAGAAGGAUUCGCCCGAGGUUACGCUGGCGCAUCCCAAGGCUAAGGAGUGGAUCGUCUCGAUGGCGAAGGCUAAUUACCAGGAGCUGGCCAAGAUGGCCAGCGAGUUCCCGGAACUGGUUAAGCUGCAGUGCCCUGCAACGGUAAGUUUGUGA